CGUGAGCCACUGCGGCGUUGCCUGUGGCGGCCUGCGAGCCAACGGUUAGCGUUGACGGAGAUUGACUGAGAGCGUCGGUUUGGAAAGAAUGAUGCUAUACUGUGCCAUUCCUUUAUUGACACAGUACAGAAGUACAGAUAAUGGAUUCUGAAUUAAUGCACAGUAUAGUAGGAAGCUAUCUUAAACCUCCAGAAAGAGUGUUUGUUCCAUCAGUCACCCAGAGUGAUGAAUCAUCUCAGACUCACUAUUCUGUGAACUUAGAAGUUACCUCUCCUAAAAUGCUUCAUAGUCCAAAUAGCCAAGCUCUUAUUUUAGCCUUAAAAACUCUUCAGGAAAAGAUUCAUCGUUUAGAGUUAGAGAGAACACAAGCUGAAGAUAACCUGAACAUUCUUUCCAGAGAAGCGGCACAGUAUAAAAAGGCCUUGGAAGAUGAAACAAAGGAGAGAAAUCUGGCACACGAGGAACUGAUAAAGCAGAAAAAAGAUAUAAGUAUGCAGUUAAGCUCAGCCCAGUCUCACUGUACCCUUCUAGAGAAACAACUAGAAUAUACAAAGAGAAUGGUUCUCAAUGUAGAGCGAGAGAAGAAUAUGAUCCUGGAACAACAGGCCCAGCUUCAAAGGGAAAAAGAACAGGAUCAUAUGAAGCUGCAAGCAAAACUUGAAAAGCUUGAUGUCUUAGAAAAAGAAUGUUUUAAACUUACAACAACUCAGAAAACUGCUGAGGGCAAGAUUAAACAUUUAGAGGAAAAACUAAAGGAAGAAGAACAUCAACGUAAGCUCUUUCAAGACAAAGCUUCUCAGCUUCAAACUGGACUUGAAAUCAGUAGAAUUUUGAUGUCUUCAGUAUCAAAUCCAAAGUGCUCCAAGGAAAAGAAGAAAUCUUCAAAGAAAACUAAAUGUUUAAAGAGAGGACCACCUCAGCAAAUUUAUUCAAAGUUUGGAUCACUGCCUAUUGUGGCUGAGAAGUCUGCCAGUGCAGGCCAUUCCAGGAAUGCAAGUACACAAAACCUGCAGACAAUGCAACAUUACAGGCCACAUAUCCUUCAGAAACUGGCUGAAGUUUCUGAACCUAGAUGUCUCUACAAGCCUUCUAGAACAACUUCUCAAUGUGAAGCUGUACCUUCUGACUCAGAAAAGUCCAUUUCCAUUUGUAACAAUUUGUCUGAACUUUUGAUGGCAAUGCAAGAUGAGCUGGACCAAAUGAGUAUGGAGUACCAAGACCUGCUGAAUCAAAUGAAAGAAACUGAAAGCCAAUCAGUCUGUGAAAACAUAGAAUGUGAACUAGAACAUUUAGUCAAGAAAAUGGAAAUUAAAGGAGAACAAAUUUCCAAACUAAUGAAGCAUCAAGACAGUGUCCGCAAACUGCAGCAAAAAGUUCAGAAUUCGAAGAUGAGUGAAGCUUCAGCUAUUCAGAAAGAAGAUAGCAACUGUAAAGGAUCAAAGAACAUAAAAAAUAGCCCCAGAAAAUGUUUGCUAACUAACUCUCCUCAAAAGAACAGCAACUUUCGUCCAAUACGAGUCCAUAAUCUUCAAAUGAAAUUGAGAAGAGAUGAUAUCAUAAUCCUUUGGGGCAACUAGAGAACUGGAGUCAUCAACUGAAGUAGAACUAGAAGACUGACAGAAAAGGCAUAACAGAAGUGAGG